AUGGCUUCGGCUGCAUACAAUUCCACAGGCGGAUUAUCAAGAGCUUCCAGAUCCACAUCGACAGUCUUGCCUGAAGCAGAUCAAUGGCCAAAAGAUUUCAUCGAUCACCUGCUAUUGCUAACACAAGCAAUCGUUGAUGCCAAACAGCCAACAGUUGUACCUCAGCAGCAAUUCCAAUCACAAAGUUCUUUCGCUAACAAUGGUACCACAAACAACAACGGCCAAGCCAGUCACUCAUCCAAUGGAGGCGCUCUCAACAACACGAAAGAAAACGGACACAGUCUACUCAAUCUGCCUUUACCUCGCUUCCAUUUCGAAAAAGGUGACAAAAGGGCAGAGCAGAUAGAGGCCAACAUUGGAAAGCUUGUCGAACGAUUAUGGAGCGCAGAAGAUCAAUUGGCAUUGGUAAAACAACAAACCAGUCGGACUGAUAAACGCGCCACACUGCCAUAUCCUGUCAGUCAGGCACAUCCUCAAAGUUCUUCUUAUCCGCUCUCCUAUCCGCUAGGCUUUGAUAGUUCUGGUCCGGUACUUUUGACCCCUGCAACACCUGAUGAAGGAGAAGCAACCGAAACGCCAGAAGGUGCGAUGGGUGCUUUUGAACGUUAUAGCGAUGAAAGUGGUUUGAGUGCGCAAGAAGAAUUACGCUUGCUUAAAGCGCAAGUUCAAGAUAUCGCAAGAGUAUGUAAGGCUGUCGCUUUCGGAGAUCUUUCACAACAUAUUACCGUUCCUGUACAGGGUCAUGUGAUGGUUGAACUAAAGGAUAUCAUCAAUCAAAUGGUGGACAGAUUGUCAACUUUCGCAGCUGAAGUGACCCGUGUAUCGCUAGAAGUAGGAACGCAAGGAAAAUUGGGCGGUCAAGUUGAAGUAGAAGGUGUGGAAGGAAGAUGGAAAGAAUUGAAGGAUGUGGUGAACCGUUUGGCAGAAAAUUUGACCAAUCAAGUGCGCGGAGUUGCCUUGGUGACAAAAGCAGUCGCACGUGGUGAUUUGUCAAAGAAGAUUGAUGUGCAAGCAGAUGGUGAAAUUCUUGAACUCAAAGUUACAAUCAAUGUGAUGGUGGAUCAAUUGAAACAAUUUGCCAACGAAGUCACUCGUGUCUCUCGUGAAGUAGGUAGUCAAGGUCAAUUGGGUGGUCAAGCCGAUGUACCUGGUGUACAAGGUGUUUGGGAAGAGUUGACGAUCAAUGUGAACAGAAUGUGUUCUAAUCUAACAGAGCAAGUGCGUUCUAUUGGUAUGGUGACAACUGCAGUAGCAAAAGGUGACCUAACAAAGACGAUCGAUAUCGAAGCCGAAGGUGAGAUGGCACAAUUGAAGGAUACCGUCAAUUCCAUGGUGGGACAAUUGCGAAUCUUUGCAAGUGAAGUGGUGCGAAUGUCAAUGGAAGUAGGAACACAUGGAAAGUUGGGAGGUCAAGCCGUUGUCCCUAAUGUCAAGGGAACAUGGAAGAAUCUGACAGACAAUGUGAACAAGAUGGCCGAUAAUCUAACAUCACAAGUACGAGAGAUUGCACGUGUCACAAAGUGUGUCGCUGAAGGUGUCUUGACCGAAUUCAUCACAGUGGACGUCAAGGGUGAAAUACUUGAUCUAAAGAUGACGGUCAAUAACAUGGUUCGGCAAUUGAAGACAUUGUCCGAUGAAAUCAUUCGUGUAUCGGUCGAAGUAGGAACAGAAGGUAGACUAGGCGGUCAAGCCAACGUUGCAGGCGUGAAAGGUCAAUGGCAAGUUUUGACCGAACGUGUCAACAUGAUGGCAAGUAACCUGACAACGCAGGUACGUUCGAUUGCAACCGUUACAACGGCUGUAGCACGUGGUGAUCUUUCCAAGACGAUCAACGUUGAAGUUCGCGGUGAAUUUUUGGAUUUGAAAUUGACGGUGAAUAACAUGGUGGAAUCUUUGCGUACGUUCUCUACAGAAGUCACAAGGGUGGCCAAAGAAGUCGGUACAGAAGGAAAAUUGGGUGGAAGAGCAAAUGUGUUGGGAGUUGGUGGUACUUGGAAAGAUUUAACGGAUUCCGUCAAUACUAUGGCUGCCAAUUUGACAUUACAAGUGCGUACGAUCGCCUAUGCAACAACUGCUGUCGCACGUGGUGACUUGACCCAAAAGGUCACAAUUCACGUUUCGGGAGAGAUGUUGGAUUUGGUCAAUACGAUCAACAAUAUGAUUGACCAACUGAGCUUCUUCGCUUCUGAAGUGACUCGUGUGGCUCGUGAGGUGGGAACAGAAGGUAAAUUAGGCGUUCAAGCACAAAAGAAGGAUGUUGAAGGAAUUUGGGGUGAAAUUACCGAUAACGUCAACAUUAUGGCCAACAAUUUGACAUCUCAAGUGCGUGCAUUUGCACAGAUUACUGCCGCUGCCACUGAUGGUGACUUUACCAGAUUUGUCACUGUUGAAGCAUCUGGUGAAAUGGAUUCUCUCAAGACCAAGAUCAACCAAAUGGUUUACAGUCUACGUGAUUCGAUUCAAAAGAACACUGCUGCAAGAGAGGCAGCCGAAUUGGCAAAUAGGAGUAAGUCCGAAUUCUUGGCAAACAUGUCUCACGAAAUUCGUACGCCGAUGAACGGUAUUAUCGGUAUGACUGCUUUGACUUUGGAAACCGAAUUGUCGAGAUCUCAACGUGAAAACUUGGUUACCGUCAGCACACUUGCAGGAAAUUUGUUAGCGAUCAUUGAUGAUAUUUUGGAUAUUUCCAAGAUUGAAGCAGGACGGAUGAAUGUUGAAGAGAUUCCAUUCUCACUUCGCGGAAUCGUGUUCAGCGUCUUGAAGACAUUGUCUGUUCGUGCUACACAAAAGAGGCUCAAUUUGUUGUACGAAGUUGCACCAGAUUGUCCUGAUCCUUUGGUGGGUGAUGCUUUGCGUCUCAAACAAAUUAUUACGAACUUGAUCGGAAAUGCAAUCAAAUUCACUGAAGCAGGCGGAAGAGUUACGUUGAAAUGCGCAUUGAAAUCGAUGGCAUCCCCUUCACAAGCGAUGUUGGAAUUCUGUGCAAGUGAUAGUGGUAUCGGUAUUAAACAAGAUAAGCUUGACGUGAUCUUUGAUACUUUCUGUCAAGCUGAUGGAAGCACGACUCGCAAGUAUGGUGGUACCGGUCUUGGAUUGUCGAUUUCACGACGACUUGUGAAUUUGAUGGGUGGUGAUUUAUGGGUUCGAAGUCGCUAUGGUGAAGGAAGUGAUUUCUUCUUUACCAUGCUUGUCAAAUUGGAUGACGGAUUCGAUACCGUUCAAGUUCGAGAGAAGAUGCGGCCAUACCAAGGUCGUACUGUGUUCUACCUUGAUACAUUGCACGAUCAAACAGGUAUUCGUGAUAAAUUGGAGGAACUUGGCUUGCGCGUAACAGCAGUUCAUUCGAUCGAAGAGGCUUCUGCACAAAGGAGACGGAUCGGAAGAAUUGACGCAAUCGUUGCCGAUAGCUUAUCGAUUGUUGAGGAUAUUCGUAGCUUGGACCAUUUGCGAUACAUUCCGAUCAAUCUUGUCUCGCCUACUCCGCUAGUGCUCAACCUCACUCAGUGUUUGGACUAUGGUAUCUCAAGUUAUAUCAAUACACCCACAGAAUUGUGUGAUUUGUAUUACGCCCUGUUACCAUCCCUCGAAAGCUCUGCAAGCGUCCCUACCGAAGGUCAAAACGAGAUCGUUUACGAUAUUCUGCUUGCCGAAGACAACUUGGUCAACCAGAAAUUGGCACGCAAGAUUUUGACAAAUCAAGGACAUCGUGUCGAAGUUGUUGAUAAUGGUGAGCUGGCAUUGCAAAAAGUUCGUGAACGCAAUUAUGACGUCGUUUUGAUGGAUGUUAGCAUGCCGGUUAUGGGUGGUAUUGAAGCAACUCGAUUGAUUCGUGAAUUUGAAAAAGAGUUGAGCGCUCAACAAGGAUCGAUACAACGUGUUCCGAUUAUUGCCUUAACUGCACAUGCCAUGUUGGGAGAUCGAGAAAGGUGCAUUGCUGCUGGUAUGGAUGGUUAUUGCAGUAAGCCAUUGAAAAGUCGUGAUUUGUUGAGCACGAUGCGACAAGUUGUUCAAGAAGCUCAGGCGAAAAGGUUGCCUGAGAAUUGA